AUGAGUGUGAUUGGUUUAACUCGCGCAGGAAAUUCGCCCACUUAUUUCAAGUCAUACUUUGCUUCAACAUGUAAUGGAGCCUUUGGGAUUGCAAUUGUUCAUUCUUGUGCUAUUUUCACAAAUACUCUCAUUAUUAUGGUUGUUAAUAGUCCCGAAAUACAUAUUGAACCAUUCCGAUUUUUUCCAACACCAAAAAAUCAAAAAAGUAAUAUGGUUUUUGCGCAUUUGUCAGCUGGAGUAUUUGAACGUUGGUAUCGUCGAUAUGAAUUAUUACCGAAAAUUCUGAGAAAUUCAGUUAUUACUGAACUAAUGAAAAUUUGCAUAUCGUCGAAAUCAAAGAUAAACCAACGGUAUGCAACAGAAGAUCAAAAUUGGCAUCAUUAG